CCUUAGGUUAGAUAAGUAUCUUAAAUCUGAGAGCAUUUAUAUCAUUAAGGUUACUAAUAACCUUCCAGAUUUGUUUCUCUCAUGUCCCGUAAGUAUGUAAUGCCCUCGGAGUUAAAACUCAAUUAUGAAUUAAGAAAAAGGAAGGUUAGUGUAGCAUUCAAAGACGUCAUGAACUAAUAUCCUAAAUAAUUAAACGGAAAAUGCAAUCUUUUAUUAUUCAUAAUACGUGCCUGGUCUCACACUCAAUGUGGAAUUAUACCCCCUUACUCCUUAAAAUCCGGUGUUGUAAUACCUACCUUGUAGUUUCGAUCUAACAUACGUUGGCACCACAAUUGUUAGCACAGGUGCGCCAGUUAUUCUGGUACCUUCCACUAUAUAAUCAUACCAGCAUCCCAUCCAUCAACCAAUAUUAGGGGAUCGCACAUCUCAUUGAAUUAUACUCGCCAAACCCAGCAUCACUCCUACCUUUCUUUCACUAUAAAUUUUUCAUCCCUUAAUCAUUCAGAAUGGCGCGCAAGAACCACUCCUUCCACCUUGCCGAACGACCUGAGGGCGAUAUCAUCCCGGGACGAACUUUCAAGUAUGUAGAGACCGAUGCACCUACCGCGGACCAGCUCGAGGAUGGCCAGGCCCUCGUAGAAACUCUCUACUUGUCUCUGGAUCCCGCUAUGCGCUCCAUGCUGCAUGACUUCCGGUCUUAUACGCCACCUGUUGCCAUUGGGGAGAUAAUGCGUGGAGGCAUUGUUGGCAGGGUUCUCGCAAGCAAGAGCUCCAAGGCGAAAGCAGGCGAUUUGGUCUCCAGUUUUGCGGGAUGGACCGAGGUUAUCAUCCUAGACGAUGCAAAAUUUGAGGUACUCAACUUGCCAGCCGGCACUAAGGUCACUGAUGCGCUAGGAGGGCUUGGCUUAACUGGGUUAACAGCCUACUUUGGAAUUACAAAAAUCGGCCAACCCAAGCCAGGAGACACUGUUGUUGUUUCGGGAGCUGCAGGCGCGACAGGUUCUGUUGCCGGUCAAAUUGCUAAGAUCUUGGGUGCUCGAGUGGUCGGCAUCGCCGGCUCGGAUGAGAAGUGUAGGAUCUUAACAGAGGAACUCGGCUUCGACGUCGCGCUCAACUACAAGUCGCCGACGUUCCGCGAGGACUUCAUCAAAGCUACGCCCAAGUUUAUCGAUGUCUACUUUGACAACGUGGGCGGCGAGAUUCUCGAAAUGGCACUUGACCAAGCCGCGGUGCACUCGCGUUUCAUAAUGUGCGGCAGCAUCAGCGGCUACAACAAGCUCGGCCAAGGACCCGGAGGUCUUCCAGAUAUAACUGGCAUUCGAAAUCUCCUCCAGGUGACCGUCCAGCGUAUCCGUAUGGAAGGCUUCAUCGUCAUAGACUACAUAAGUGAGUUCAAAGAGGCACAACAGCAACUAGCGCAGUGGAUGGUCGAGGGCAAGGUCAAGACCAAGGAGACUAUUGUCAAGGGCGGUCUUAAAGUGGCGGAGACUGCGAUAGGCGAGUUGUUCACUGGUGGGAAUACUGGGAAGCUGAUCGUGGAGGUUAAGCCAUAUGAAGAGGUGAGUGGUUUCUAGAAUUUGGCCAUGGGGGCUUUACUAAUGAGAAAUAGUAAUCAGGGAAAAUGAAACUUGUGAAUGAAGUAUGCAGUUUAUAUUUCUCUAGCUUUAUUAUCCAGAGAAUGAAUUAUUUAAAUAUCUAAUUAUGCUUUAUCCAAUGAAGAAAAACAUCAAUCCAAAGAGCAAAAUGCCUUCUUUUUCAUGUACAUGCCUAUGCUCGAUUAUAUUUCGACUAAUAGGGGGACAACGCAUGACUCUAAUUAUCUAACCCUAGAUAUUUGUUUAGCGUUACUAUGUCGUAUAACAGGUACCUUAGGUAGUUAACUGUAUGAAAAAAAAUAUUACUGA